AUGAGGUGUGGGGUUAGCCUAUGCUUGCUUUGUCACGUCCUCGCGGCCCCUCUACUUAGCUUUGGCUGGAUUGGUACCGGCAGCCGCGUCGCCAGUGGAGAGGAUGGUUGGGAAACUGUUCUGGGUAGCAUCGUUCUUGGGCAAGGCGAAGGAGGUCGACAGCGAUGGCUGCUGGAGAUUCUUUCGUUGAACGGCCUGUUGUGCGUCGGGCUGGCCGAUGAGCGGCUGCGGUCCAACGCACUCUUGGGGACGAGGAGCAAUGGUCGCUGGCAUGCCUGGGGUUGGGAGUUGGGCCCUCGUGGUUCCGUGGAAGCAGUUAGCUCCUCCGCGGCACCGGAGACCGGGCGUCCUGCUCCAUGCCACCUCGUACCACAAGGUCAGCGUGUCAUUCUGGUCUUGCACUUGAUUCGGAUGGGUUCACGAAUGCACCUGGAACUGGCCGCGAUGAUUCUCUCCUCGAGUUGGCACUGGCACCGCCUGGGUGCGCACUCGUUCAUGACCCCUACGCAUUACCAGGACGCUCAUGUCUCCGUCAACUCGACAAUGUCGAAUGUUGAAAACGAGGACGCUGUCCACGACUGCGUCAACUUCCGGCCGGCCGUGUCGACAGACAUCGGUGCAACGGUCAGAGUGCUGGCAUCGGACGCCUUCUCUUCGACUGCGUGGAUCACGAGUUGUGCCCAGUCGUCACAGUCUGAAACCUUCUGUGGUCACUGUUUCCGCGACGCAUUCAGAGCUAAGGUUCUUUGCGAGACGUGGACUGACAGGAAGUUUCAUGGCAAGUUGACAACACCACCCACUAUGCGCCGGACGAAGCCAAAAAUCACCGUCUGCAUGAUCCGGGAUGACUCUGCGCUGUUGAACAUCUGCGUGCUGUCAUCACACGGCUGUGGCGGCAGAUUCUGCAGGACAUGA